AUGCUGAAGCAAUUCCAGUCACUCCGAAACAGCACAACCGAUUUGGGUGCUAAGAGUGCCUAUCGUGUAUGCUCAGAAACUUUUGAUGAUGCUAUAUAUUCUUUUGGUUCUGGCCUCAAACAUUUGGAAGCUAAGGACUACAGCGGCUUGAACAGCCAAGUUGGUAGUGCAAUUGACAUGGUGUUUGAGUGUAGAGAUGGGCUGAUAGAGGAUGUUAAGCCUAUCAAUCCAAAGCUCUUUUCUAAGCUCUUUAACGACCUUUCUAUCAUCGAUAAUCUAUCUUCAAUGGUUUUGGUGAUUUUAGAAUGUUACCUAAGAGAAAAGAAAACAUUAUGUUAA